AUGUUACACAGUUGGUUACGAAAGUCCACCAUUGAUGUGACCAAAGUGUGGGAUGUGUAUACAACAAUAAUGAAAGUUUUGAUUGCAUUAUGUGUGUUGUUUAUUGGUGCAUUUUCUGCGACAGCAUUUAAUACAGCAAAUGACGACGGAUGGAAUUUAUUUAAACAAGUACAUUCAAAACAGUAUACAAAUGAACAAGAAGUACAUCGACGUAGCGUUUGGGAAUCAAAUUUACAAAAAAUUCGAACACAUAAUUUAGAAGCUGACCUUGGUGUUCAUACAUAUACAAUGAAAAUGAAUAAAUAUGGUGAUCUGACGCAUGAAGAGUUUGUCAAACAAAUGAAUGGUUUAAAAAUGGAACUUCGUUCACGAUCAGUUGAUAAUGAUCAUCAUACAUUUAUUCCACCAUCAAAUGUUGAUAUACCAGCAUCCGUUGAUUGGAGAACAAAAGGGUAUGUGACCGGCGUAAAAGACCAAGGACAAUGUGGAUCAUGUUGGGCAUUUUCGGCAACAGGAAGUUUGGAAGGUCAACAUUUCAAAAAGUAUAAUAAACUUGUUUCAUUAUCAGAACAAAAUUUAGUUGAUUGUUCUGGUAAACAAGGUAAUAUGGGCUGUGAUGGUGGUUUAAUGGAUCAAGCUUUUGAAUAUAUAAAAGUGAACAAAGGAAUUGAUACCGAGAAAAGUUAUCCAUAUGAAGCUGAAGAUGGCAAAUGUCGAUUCAAAAAGCAAAAUGUUGGGGCAAACGAUACUGGAUAUACGGAUAUUAAAUCAGGUAGCGAAACUGAUUUAGAGUCAGCUAUUGCAACAGUUGGUCCCAUAUCAGUUGCUAUCGAUGCAUCACAAGAUUCAUUCCAGUUUUAUUCAUCCGGUGUCUACAAUGAACCUGAUUGUUCAUCAACAGAAUUAGAUCAUGGUGUUUUAGCUGUGGGUUAUGAUACAACAGCGAAAAAACAAGACUAUUAUAUCGUUAAAAAUUCAUGGGGUGAAUCAUGGGGAAAUGAUGGUUAUAUCUGGAUGUCACGUAAUAAGAAAAAUCAAUGUGGUAUAGCAACGAUGUCAUCAUAUCCACUAGUUUAA